UUUUUUGAAGAAGAGGGAAGUUCCUGGUUUAAACCAGCAUUAACUCAUCAGAGCCUCCAACAUGAAAGUUCAUCGCACUUUGAUCUGCUUCGCCUUCCUCACACUGCAGGAUGGAAACACUGGUCUCAUCAAUGCAGAAAUCCUCGUAAAGGAGGGAGGAAACCUCACACGUACAUGUUUCUUCACUUUCUCUGGAAGAAGGAAGAUCUUCUGUAAGGAAGAAUGUGAAGAACAAGACAUCCUCGUUGAAACAGCUGGUAACAGAGCUCAGAGUGGCAGAUACAGCAUUGAAUAUAAAAAAGGAACUUAUCCAGUAUCUUCCACACUUCUGUUUGUGAUCAUCACAAAUCUGACCAAGUCUGACUCAGGACGGUACAGAUGUAGAUUGGACAGAUUUUUUCAUCCAGUGUCAUAUGAGGAGUUUGACAUCAGAGUUGAAGAUGCUCCAACCACUUCUAAACCAAACUGGACUCCCAGACCUCUUUCAACAUCAGUCCCAUCAGCCUCCACACUGACGACAACACAGAGUUUAGGCUCAGGACGCUCCACACCUUCAUCAGCCUCUCCUGAAGUCACCAAGCAGACUCAGCAGCAACAGACAACAGCCACAGGUUCACAGCUGUAUGUGCGUCUGAUUCUGGUCGUCCUGAUCAUCGUAACAUCUUCGGCUUUGUUGAUAUUGUGCAGGAAGAGGACCAGUAAACCCAAAGGACCUCUUGUGGAAACUGAGUAUGCUAAUGUCUUAGAGCCUAGUCGAGUGUCUGAGGAGAUCAGAGAGGAGGACAGACAGAGCAGAUCUCCUCCUGUAGAAAUAUCUACAGUUCACACGUUCCACUGCAGCCAGAUCUCAGAAGAAAACUGAAUGGGACAAAUAAACCUCACCUGCACUCAGGUGGAUCCAACGGUACAGCAUCCUCGGUCAAGGGUUAGGGUUAGUCCUCAUGUGGUGAUGUGUGGAAUAAAUAUAAGGUCAAAAUAAAUGUAGCUGUAUAUCACUAUGUAGAUAUCAUAUGAUCUUGGUCGAUUUUAACUGGAUGAAGGACUUUAGUCAUUGGAUGUUUAGAUCUUAAGUUAUAUAUUACAGUGUGACUGAAAAUGUUGUGACACCAGACAGCAACUAACUGCUGAGCAGUUCAAUACUCAAUGCCUUUAGUUGUCUUAUUUCAGUCGUUAAUCUAGUCACCGUGAGAAUAAUGUACAAUUUCUUAUUCUUUGAUACUGAAUUUCCACAGGAAUAUACUGACUCGAUAUUUAUAACAAAUAUUCACUUGAAUAACAAACUUCCUGUCACUUUAUUCCCCAACCUGAAGCAACAGAAUAUCACUUUGGUAAAAGAUUGAAUCAGAACAGAAGCAGUAAUUUAGAUAUUUUUAUUGAAAAUAAACUUGACAUGAAUUGAAUAUUGGCAGUUUAAACAGUAUAUGGUCUUUUAUCUUUUACAAAAUAUUUUAUAAAUAUUUUCAUCCA